CUCCCGCGGCCGUUGGGGGCAGGAGCGCGCGGCGGCCGCUGAGGCAGAGCGGCCGUUGGCGCGGCGGGUGGCGGCGCUCCGCUCGGCUCCCCUCGCAUCGCCUCUCCCCGCCUCCUUUUUUCUCCUUUUUUCCCCUUUCCGACCGCCGUCAGAGAGAGACGCCGGGAGCCCCGGAGACCUCCUGCCGCCUGCCUCCCCCUUGCCUUCCUGCGGAAAUAAUGAAAAAAGCGUGCCACAACUCUUGAUCAGAGACCUGAAAUUUGAGAAGAAGUCAUUAGCUAAGCUCAUGUUUUCUCCUGAUCAAGAAAAUCAUCCAUCAAAAGCACCAGUGAAGUAUGGUGAAUUGAUCGUAUUAGGGUACAAUGGGUCUCUCCCAAAUGGAGAUAGAGGAAGAAGAAAAAGUAGGUUUGCUUUAUUUAAAAGGCCCAAGGCAAAUGGGGUGAAACCUAGCACUGUGCAUAUUGCCUGUACCCCUCAAGCAGCAAAGGCAAUAAGUAAUAAGGACCAACACAGCAUCUCUUACACUUUGUCUCGGGCCCAGACAGUAGUAGUUGAAUAUACCCAUGACAGCAACACGGAUAUGUUCCAGAUUGGUCGAUCAACAGAGAGUCCUAUAGACUUCGUUGUGACAGAUACGGUUCCUGGAAGUCAGAGUAAUUCGGAUACGCAGUCUGUGCAGAGCACUAUAUCAAGGUUUGCCUGCAGAAUCAUAUGUGAACGUAACCCUCCUUUUACUGCGAGAAUAUAUGCUGCAGGAUUUGACUCCUCGAAGAACAUCUUCCUUGGGGAGAAGGCUGCAAAGUGGAAGACGUCGGAUGGGCAAAUGGAUGGACUAACCACAAAUGGAGUUCUUGUUAUGCAUCCCCGAAAUGGAUUUACAGAGGACUCCAAGCCAGGGGUGUGGAGAGAGAUAUCUGUGUGUGGGAACGUGUUCAGCCUCCGUGAAACCAGAUCGGCUCAGCAGAGGGGAAAAAUGGUUGAAAACGAAACGAACCAGCUCCAGGAUGGCUCUCUAAUCGACCUGUGUGGAGCAACGUUGCUGUGGCGCACCGCGGAGGGCCUUUCACGCACUCCCACUGUCAAGCACCUGGAGGCGCUGAGACAGGAAAUAAACGCAGCGAGGCCCCAGUGUCCCGUGGGGUUUAACACCUUGGCGUUUCCCAGCAUGAAGAGAAAAGAUGUUGUAGACGAAAAGCAGCCGUGGGUGUACCUGAACUGUGGCCACGUCCACGGCUAUCACAACUGGGGCAACAAAGAGGAGAGAGACGGCAAGGAUCGCGAGUGUCCCAUGUGCCGCUCUGUCGGCCCCUACGUGCCUCUGUGGCUUGGAUGUGAAGCUGGGUUUUAUGUGGAUGCAGGACCUCCAACGCACGCCUUCAGCCCGUGUGGACACGUGUGCUCAGAAAAGACAACUGCUUAUUGGUCCCAAAUUCCUCUUCCUCAUGGUACUCACACUUUUCAUGCAGCCUGUCCGUUCUGCGCGCAUCAGCUGGCUGGUGAGCAAGGCUACAUCAGACUCAUUUUCCAAGGACCUCUCGACUAACACACGUGUAACCGAGGACUGCAGUAAUCUAAUAAGCUAAGCGAUUCUGAUUUUUAAACCAACUGUUUUUCGUAUUCUCUGGGCUUUGCUGGUUUGCAUUACGAUGAAGAAUUUUUUGGUUUUUUGUUAUGACAGCUAAAUCCCUCUCUAUUGAGAAAAGUCUGGAAAUGGAAGAAACAGGGGUAGGAGGGGAGAAGUCCUGCUUCUUUAGUUAAUAACUGCUUCUGAAGAGCUGAAAGAAGUGUUACAGAGUGAAUUUAAAUGCCUUCCGUUCAAUGGUUUUGAAUCACAUGCCCACAGUGUUUGAAAGUUGUUUCUUUCUUUUUGUAUAUGGAGGGUAAAUAGUUCAAAAAAAAACAUUAGUUUACAGCUUGGAUGCAAACAUUGUAAAAUAUAAUGUGUAUAUUAACUCUUUUCUAUUUAUCUUUAUUAUUGAAAAUAUGUAGGAUGUGUAGAGUAGCACGGUCAUAGUGUGUUACAUCCAGCAGUUGGAUGUGUAGAGUAGCUCUGGAUGGAGAAGGAUGUGAGAUGGAAAUGGUAGAAAAAUCUUUUUUAAUCUACAGUACUGAGUUCUUAGAAUAGUUAAAAUGCUUUUUAAACAAAGCUAAUGCAAAUUAUGAUGGCAUAAAGGUGUGCUUUAACCAUGUGAAAGGUAGCUAAGAAGGACUUCUUAAAAUGUCUUUUUGGUAGGACUGUACUUACGAUCUGAUUAUGAAGAAGAUAUUUACCAGACUCUUUGAAUAUGCAACUUAGUCUAGAUUAAGGGUUUUUUCCUCCCUUCAUGCUAACACAUCUUUAUUUAGCAUUAGUGACAUUUGUGAGGGUUUUCCGAUGUUUAACCAUUAACAAACCUGAAAGAUGAGGCUCGCUUUGUUCCUUGCUGGUUGGGGAGGUGGGGAGAGGUGGAUGUGCCCUGUGCCGUGUGUGUGGGGAGCAGUUUGUGGAUCGGCCAGGGCAAUUUCACAGCUUUGCAAGGCUUGUCAGUCGCACCUCCUGCCUUCAUCUGGCUUGCUGCAAACUGGCACAGGGGAGCCACAGGCUUCACGUGCUUGCCUUUACGCUGCUCCAAGGAAAGAGCUGGGUGCGGACGCUCACCUCGGCCUCCCCUGGAACAAAGCAGAAGCCCGGUACCUCCUGGAUGCGGCCCUGCAUCCUGGCACCUCCGUGCACUUGACACAAUUGGCAAUCUGUUAGGGAAGAGCUGGAGCUGGGCCUAGGCUGGACUCGGGGUGGCAGGCUCUGGCUGGUGGUCUCUGGCUCUCCUUUCCCUGCCCUUCCUUUCCCUUCUGUAUCCACCAGAAAAGGCCAGUGCACUACAUCCAGCUUUGCUGCUAACCCACUGUGCUUUAUGGCAAAUACACAAUCUGACUUUUUUUUUUUAGGAUUGAGUUGAGCUUUUUUUGGGCCAGCUUCAUACUUUUUUUUUAAUAUGUACUGUAUAAUUGACAGUAGCAAAUUUCUGUACUUUAUAGCGUAGCUUUAAUUUUCCUUUUCAAAGCUGUUCUAAACUUCUUGGUUUAAAAAGAGACCUAUGUUGCUUAGAUGUCAUGAAUUAUUUGCUUUGACUGUCAAUUGUUUCUCCAUUUUUAAAAAGAAAUUAUGUAUAUUGUUUGGUUCACUCAGGAAAUGCAUGUGUCAGGAAAUCUGUAUUAUAAUUUCAGUUAGCUGUCAUGUACAAGUAACUGCUGUUACUCCCUUUUCAUAGAAAUAUAACUGAUUUUGACAUUUUCCAGAUUAUAUGCAUUAAGUAAUGAAACUUAUGCAGCAAGAAACCCCUGUAUUGUAGUUGUUCUAAUCAUUUUAUUCAAACUAUAUUAUACUGUAGUUUAAUUUUUAUUUGCAAAUUAAUUUAUUCAAACUAUGUGAGUAAACACUUUUCAAAAAUAGA